AUGUCGGUCCUUCACCUUCCGCGGAUUACAUGCACAAAUCAGGCCGACUGGAACAAGCCACAGAAAUAUCAACAAUCAGACAAUUGUGACGAGCGUGCAGCACCUAACGAAAAGAGCUCCAGCUCCAGCUCCACACCAAGCCAUCAAGUUGCCGGUUUAAAGGAGAAAAAUUGCUAA